UUUCCUGCGUUUCCAGCGUCCGUUCUUGCCUAAACGACGAAUGUGAAUUUUUUCUUAAUGAUUUUCCCUUUCCUACUUUCUCCGUUCCAAUUCCGAAUUUAGAUAAUUAUGAUAUUCGUUUUUAUUUUUCUUGAGUGCUUUUUGGUUGGCACUCUUCCUUUGCUUAAAGUUUCAUUUUUUCAUCCCAGGUUAUUUUUAAUGGAGUCCAUUCUGAUAAAUCCUACAAACUGUUUGUAUCUUGAUCCACCACGAUUUUAUUAUCUCUUGCAUGUGACAAGGCCCGCUCCUCGUUGA